CGGUGGGGGAGGAGAAGGGAUAUGAAAGGGGUGCGGGAGCGAAGGGUGGAGGAGGUGAUGUCGAGGGCAGGGGAGAGAGGGCCAUGUCUCUGCAAAGAUGCAUAUGAGAGAAUAAGACCCCCAACCUCACCUCUUCCCUUCUCACUUCUCAGAUAAACCCCCCCAUUAAAAGGGGUUACAUUCCAAGAGCACAGGAACUACAGUACAGCCAAGGCCUAUGGCCUGCUAGCCGAAAGAACUCCUAACAAACUCGAUCCCCUCCAAACCUGCAGCACCCCUUUGAGAAUCAACCCAAACCACCCUUGAAGGAACCCAGACCAGAAACACAACAGCCCCCACCUCCAUUGCCACAGGUAGGGAGAUGAAGAAAGUCCUCCAAAGAGGAAUCCAUCAUCGACUGUACCUCUUUCUGCCAUGGAUGAACUCUCAUGCCCCCCCUCCGGCGUGUGCUGAAGAUGCUCCCGCGCGCUGGUGUUGCCUGCGCCAGAUACCCUGCGGUUGACUGGCCUUCUAAUCUUAGGACUUUUCCCAUAUAGUAAUAGCGACUUUGCUGAUUUUCCUUCCCUUGUUUCUCUUUCAAUCGAGACUGAGAGGAUCUAUUCCAGUGGGCUCAAGAUGUAUUUGGUGGAGAGUAAGGGUGGUGCCAUAUUCUGCAUGUUGCUUUCUCUCUUCUUCCUAGGCACUUGGCCUGCUAUUCUGACUCUUUUAGAGAGAAGGGGUCGGCUUCCUCAGCAUACUUACUUGGAUUACUCCAUCACUAAUCUCUUAGCUGCUGUCAUCAUUGCUCUCACCUUUGGUCAGAUCGGUGCCAGCAAACCAGACGAGCCAAAUUUCAUAACUCAGCUGUCUCAGGACAACUGGCCCUCUGUUUUGUUCGCAAUGGCAGGUGGGGUAGUUCUCAGCCUUGGGAACCUUUCUACGCAGUAUGCUUGGGCUUUUGUUGGCUUGUCAGUGACAGAGGUUGUCACGUCAAGCUUAACUGUUGUAAUAGGCACAACUUUAAAUUACUUCUUAGACGACCGAAUCAAUAAUGCUAAAAUUCUUUUUCCGGGGGUUGGAUGCUUCCUCAUCGCAGUUAUCCUGGGAUCUGCAGUUCACUCCUCCAAUGCAUCCGAUAAUAGAGCAAAGCUGUCUACACUUUCAGAAAGUUACAAAGAUGGAACAGGAACCAUAGAAAUUUCAGAGUUGCAAGAAUCUGUCCAGAAAAAAGGGGACUUGGAAGGUGGAAGUGUUCGUGUAGAUAAAGCAAAAUCUGGGACUGCAAACUUUCUCAUAGAACUUGAAAACAGAAGAUCAAUCAAGGUUUUUGGAAAGAGUACUGCGAUUGGUUUGGGCCUAACUUUUUUUGCUGGAGCUUGCUUCUCCCUCUUCUCACCUGCAUUCAAUUUGGCGACGAAUGACCAGUGGCAUACAUUGGAAGCAGGGGUUCCCCAUUUGGUUGUAUACACUGCAUUUUUCUACUUCUCAGUGUCUUGUUUCGUCCUUGCCAUCAUUCUAAAUAUCAGCUUCCUGUACUACCCGGUACUCAAUUUACCGAGAACGUCAUUUAAGGCUUAUCUGAAUGAUUGGAAUGGUAGACCAUGGGCCUUCUUGGCUGGACUUCUCUGUGGGUUUGGGAAUGGUUUACAAUUCAUGGGAGGUCAAGCUGCAGGAUAUGCCGCAGCUGAUGCUGUGCAGGCACUUCCUCUUGUGAGCACCUUUUGGGGUAUACUUUUCUUUGGAGAAUACCGGAAGUCAUCCAAGAAAACAUACAUAUUACUGGUGAGCAUGCUAUUCAUGUUUAUUGUGGCUGUAGGUGUGCUCAUGGCAUCAUCUGGGCAUCGGAAGAAUUGAUAAUGUGAGACCCAGAAUCCUAGUUUAGUCCACAUCAAUGUAUAGAAACCACACAUCAUAUAAAUGCAAAGCAAUUGCUGCAGCGAAUGGCUGCUUCAUAUCAAGAAACACAAAAUGUUCAUCAAGGUUUAUUGAAGUAAAGUUGUAAUGUCAAAUUUGGUUAGUGUUCCAUUCAAGGCAUGAAUGUAUUUACACUACUUUAAAUGAAUUAAUAACAAGAUUUUUCUUUUCA